CUAUUGUUAAUAUCCGGUGAAGGAGGAGACUGCAUUCGAAGUCACAUCGGAUAAAUCAAAUGGAGGUUUACCCAAUUCCUGUUUUUAGUCCACCAGACCUUUGUGAUGGGGAACGAAGAUGUCGGGACAUGUGGAUGGAGUUUGUGUACAUUGUAGUGAUACCAGCAGGAGUCAUAUUGUUGUUAGCAAUGGUCCUCAGUAUGAUCCUCUGCUGUAGUUGCACCAGAAGAAGGAAGAAAGCAGAGAGCCAGGAAGAUAUUAGUUUGGAUAAAUACAACUCAAUCAGAAGAGCAUCACAAGGCUUGCGGGAACUCUCUAGGAAAAGAGAUACAUUACUGCUAUCUAGCCGCAGUGGUUCAAUGACCCUUGACCGCGAACACCGCUACCGUAGAGGCAUGCACGGACGAGAGGCUUGCCAGUCUGCCCCAAGUACAUUACAGAGGGAUCGGAGACGUGACAGAAGAGAGGCUCGCAGUGCAUCCCCUCCCCCUUAUCAACUUCCACCACAGUACUCGGUCAAUAGUGGAGAGGCUCUAGACAGGUCCUGUGCAACACCUCACAGUCACACAGCCUCAGAAAAUGAUGCUCUCAUGUCGCAGCAGUAUGCCUGAGACACAGAUAAUUAUAACUGUUGUGAUGACUAGUCACAUCAUAGUGAAUGUACAUAAUUGGCCAAAGAGCGGUAUGUGGCUAUAGAUAAUUGGAGUGUUAAUUUAAAAUAGAUGAGAAAAAACUUUUGAAAAAUUUUAUUAGAACAUACCCUAUGUGAAGCUGCAAGUUGUUCACAUAGACUGACUUACCUGAACAAAUUUAAGUCAUAUCAUCAUAAAACUGAAUCGAAUAUAUUGUUUCUUUAAUCAUAUUUGGUUGAUGUGUAAAAAACCCAUCAAACUGUUAUUGGUUUUAUUUAACACAUGAAUUUACUACAUGAUGAAAUAAGCAGAAAGCUUACUUGCAUAAUUUUCUAACAAGAAAUCAUCUGGUAUCAAAAAGUAUGAUGUAGAUGAUAUUGUUUCUCUAAAAUAAAAUUAAGUAAUUUAGGGACACGUCUUUCUCAAGUCAACCACUUUAAAGUCAAAACCUUCACAAUUUAAGGCACAACAUCCAAUCUAUGGUUGACCGUUUCCGUCCAGAAAUCUAUAUUUAAAUCUAAAUGUAUCUGUGCAUUUGUCAACUACUAAUACAUCAACAAAACCCUCAUAAAACAAGGGAGGUAACUCAUCUCAUAGGGAUAAGAAAGACACCAUAAACUUACCCUAAAAUUAUUGGAUCUGACAGUAUUUACAAUGGUACGAUGUAUAUGUAUACAACAAUUUAGCAGCAUGUAUUAUUUCUAUUUACAUCUUGUAUAUGACUUAUGUAAGUAUUGUCGUCUGUAUAUUAAAUACUGGUAUUUUUUCACAAUUGUUAUAAAAAGGUGUUGAAUCAAGAAUUAUGAUAUUGCAUCAAAUUUUAUGACGACUUUGAAAUUACGGAUUUAUGAUAUUAAUUUUAAUUGAUAAGAAAUUAUAUGUUGCAUUCAUAGAAGUCAUGAACAGACUUUAUUUAGCCAAAUGAUAUAAUGGUGCUACUUUCUAGAAGAUAUUUAUUUUUGUUUAUUAAACAUUGAUGAUAUAUCAUAGUACAUUUUAUACAUGAAAUAACUUUUACACACAAAUAGAUUUAGUGGUUGAUGUUUAAAAAAUGGUGAAUUUUACAAUAAUUUAAACUUUUACACAUUUAUCUCAAUAUUUCUUUUUCUGUAUUUUUAAGUAACAAAAAUCAGGUUGUGUGUUUUUCUAUGAAG